AUGGCCGACCUGAACGCCGUAUUCCAAAACUGUUACUAUGUCGGGAACAACUUCAACACCAUUCUUUAUGGCAUCGAGCUAAUGCUCUACUUUGCGACUGUCUACAUUGUCCUCAAUGUCAAGGACCAGUCCCGACAAUUUCACACCCUCUUUUUGGUCUUCAGCACCGCGCUUCUCUUUCUCAUCACUAUAUUCGUCGCUGUCCAGUCUGUCUUCGGCGAGAUGAUGUGGAUCGUCAACGAGGACUUUCCUGGAGGCUCCGCAGCAUAUCUCGCCACCCAUGCAGAUGUCUGGUAUCAGACCAUGGGAAGCGUCGCAGGCGUUCUGCUCACUGUCCUCAGCGACGCUCUCCUGCUCUACCGCUGCUACGUCUUCUACGGAUCCCACUGGAUCGUCGUCUUCCCCGCCCUCAUCUACCUCGCCUCCGUUGUGCUCGGCAUCCUCACCUGCGUCGUCUCGGGCACGCCCUCGGGCAACUUCUUCGUCGGGCUCGCGUCCCAGAUCGCGGUCGCGUACAGCUCCGCGGUCAUCAGCCUGAACGUGCUCUGCUCCGGGCUCAUCUGCGCGCGCAUCCUCUUCUUCGCGCGCCGCGCCGAGGCCGUGCUCGGUCCCGACGCCGCCCGGGCGUACACCGGCACAGCCGCGAUCCUCAUCGAGUCCGCGCUGCCGUACGCGCUGUUCGGGAUCGCGUACGUCGCUGCGCUCGGGGUCGGGAGUCCCGUGGCGAUCCUGUUCGAGUCCAUUUACGUGAUGUUCACGUGCAUAUCCCCUCAGCUGAUCAUCCUGCGCAUCCUGAUGGGCCGCGCGUGGACGCAGAACGCCGCCGCCACUAACGGUUCCACCACUGUGGGCGCCCACUUCUCGUCGACGCCGCCCCAACUAUAUACCUCAGCGUUUCACGGGUUCACCUUGAGCACUGGCGGGGCAAGCACUAACAUGCGGGAGGAGGUCACGAAGGAUGACCUCGAAGCUGGGAAGCGGGAAUGA